AUGCUAACCCCUGGCACCCACAGUAAUCCUGGCGUUUGUCUACAGAAGGCCAAGUCUGAAGAAGUGCCCUCGACGUCUUCUGACGGCACUCCGCCCGUUCAUCGCCGCGCACUAAUUCGUCAGUGCGCGUCCGUGGAGCCCCUCCAGCAAGAGUCUCCCAAACGGGUCCGGCCGAGAAGUCGUCUCGACAACCUUCGUCAUUUCCUGCCGAAAAACCUUCGCAGUGUCACGGUUUCACCGAGCAAAAUUCGGAGUGAAACGAUGCAUAGUCUGCACAAUCUGCACACUAUAACCGUGGCCACUGUCGUCGAGCCGGGAAUGCUCAAAAAGAGCAUCAGCGAUUUUGUAAUCGGAUGUGAGUUCACUUCAGCACUAGUUAUCGUCCCUUUUUCUGUAAACCGAGCUACAGUUAGUGAGCUACAAGUGGUUCUUUGAUUUCUAAUCCUUUUCGAAAAGUCUCCAGAGUUUUCGUUCAUAAACCUUUGCCUAAUGUCUGAGAAAAACUCUUCUUCCUUCUCCUAAUUAGUCGUCUUCCAAGUUCCUAAUUGGAAAAUAAGGAACGGACAAAACGGUCAAGCAACAAAAGCGAGAAGAAGAUGAAAAGGAAGAAGAUUUACUCGAAAAAACGAAAGAACAAAAUGUAUGUAUCGUACGUAUCCGAUUUCAAAUCGGCCGAUUCUUCUCGGCUGUCCUUGCCUUCCCGCCAGCACUUUUGUUCUUUUCCGAGCACUCGAUCCAGCCGAACCGCCCCCUGUUUCCGAUCGUCUGAACCUCGAACGCACUCACAAUUCCCUUUUUUCCUCUGAAAGUGUUUCUUGCUACAGAGAAAAAGUGGAGAAGACUGUCAUUUGUCAACUCUGUCCUUUCUAUCUCAUUCACACAAAUCUUUGCAAAUAUUCAAAGUGUUUACUGUUGUUGUACAGUGCUUGACUUCUUAUCUACAGUAACCCGAUAUCACGUCCUCCCUCUUCCUUUCAAGUGCUCCGGAGUUACACGUCACAAUUAGACUCGUCUUCCCCCGUGAUUUAUAGCUUCACUCUCCGGCCAGAUCCAUCCUUUCCAUAUUCAUCAUCUUGCUCCCAUCCACACAAAAUCUGUCGUUUUUCUUCAUUUCACUUUCAAUUCGCUUUUUGAUUUCUCCGUUUUGAACCAACCGACGACGUCUUCUACAUGUGUUGACGGCAUUUGAAUGAACGACGUUUCGCUUCGAUUGUGACAUGUAAUUGCGGGCCGUUACCGUAGCCGUCCUCUUUUUUUUUGCUCGGAAUUGGCUCAUUUCCUGUGUUUGGUCACAUCUUCCACACACUGCCAACCAUUGGAAUCGUAUCAUAUUUCGACAAAGAAGACGUCCGAAAUGAAGAAGAAGAAGCGGCAGGAAGAGAGCAGGAAGACACGUCGUCAUCCCCGAGCACAAACAGAAGAAGCAUUGCCAUUUAUCGCAUUCGUAUCCUCGUUUUCUCACAUUCCCGACCCAACGCUUCUUUCACUUUCGUUUUUCUCGUGUUACAGUCCCUGAUGACGUCACUCCUCACUGCUUCCUACCACUCUCUGCGGGCCAAGUCCCCCAUCAGUGAGUUGCUGCCCGGCCUCCGUCCAUCCACUUCCACCGCAAUGCGUAGGUUUCUGUACCGUUCUGGGUGCAUGCCUCCCUCUUCUGUGUUCCGUGGGCCCAGUGAUAAGAAGUAAUCUAGGCGGCGGUCCUUGUGCUCUCUGCUGAUCCCGCACGGGGCCGCCCGAGCCCUCUGCUCAUUCCCAGGUUCGUUUCCUUCCCACUCUCUUCGUCUUUCCUCUCCCGCCGCCUCCUCGGUUGUUUCCCGGAGCAGCGGGCGACCGACGGCACAUGGCGCAGCUGUCGUCCCAGAAGCGCGUCUGCGUCUCUGUGAUAGGUGCACUCCUGUCGGUGCCGCAAACCACGGUGUCUUGCCUAUGGUAGAGGUAAAGAAACUGAGAAGCAGAUAGCAGAAGAGCAGCCGACGGAAGGGAGCGGAGACGCCCGCACUCACUUACUCGCCUCUUCUCGCGUGCGCCACCGACUCACUACCGCUACUCCCAUCACUUAUUGAUUCGGUACUCAUUGAUCGAAUCAGGCCCCCCAUUCUCGGUAUUCCGAUGACGCGUCUAUGAAGUCUUUAUUCUCAUCUGGAGCGCGUAAUGUGCACCAACAGCCGGGUCCAUCAUCCUCUCGAUCCGACCAUUCGGAGCCGGGUAACUCAUCUGGAAGGAUGGAUUUGCUCACGGUGCCAGAGAGUCCGGCGAGCAGAAGACGCGAGAUUUCCGAAGUUUUCGAUGACUUCAGAAGGAAAAGUAUCUCGGAGCUGAGUCUAGUAAUGGACGCACUCCGAGGCUCUCCGUCUCCCGGCUCUUCUCAGUACAUCCAUCCUGAACGGGCGUCUCAAUCUACCGGUAAUCUCAAUCCUCCGCAGUCGAAGAAAGGUCGGCGAAGACGGAAAGUCCAGAAGACGUGGCAAGCAAUGUCUCCCGGAAACUUUGCGAAGCAACUCCAACUCGGUAAGGUUCCAAUCCACUCCCUGUCCCUUGCCCCAGUGUGUUCUGUUCCUAAUUCAAAUCGAUCCAUCUCCUCGGUCGGAGGUUCAACUCGGCGGCUCGCAGGCUCUGCCAAACCUGACAGCUGCGCACUAAUGCUUCACCGCAACAAUAUCAACUUGUGUAACCGAAUCUUGAGUAAAGUGACGUGGUCCCCCUAAACGAUCCUUCUAUCCCAAAAGAACGGGGCGCUCGCGAGACGAUCAAUCAAAUUUCCUGUUUGUUCAAAUAGCCCACGGACGAUUAAAAUUCACAAAAAACGGGAGGUGGUGAAAAAAGCGGAAGAGGCCUCCCAAAAUGUUUAUGUUGCUCCUCCUCCUCCUCUCUUCACUGCCUUAUUUUUAUACGGAAGAGCACUCGUCGCCUCAUUUUGUCCGAUUUGUCCGAAAAGACAAAGAAAAACUGACUGAAUCACUACGCUUUUAUUCGGCGGUGACGAAGAAGAAGAAGAAGAGGAAGUUCCAUGAGAAUCGUUGUGGAGUGGUGCAUCCAGUACGGCCACAAAAAAGUAGAUCGAUACCAUGAAAGUGAGAUCAGAAUGGGAGAAUGCAUAGGAUCUGGUGGAUUCUCAAUGACUUUUCUGUUUUCAGUACAAGAAGAGAAGGCGAUGCAGGCGGUUCCGACGGCUCCGGUUGACGCGAGCAAGUUCGUGGCGUACGUGCAGGAACGACGGAAGAAGCGGAUACUUUUCAAAGGAGAAUACCUGGUGAGUCCGGCCAUCCGAGGAUCGAUCGGUUUUGAUUGAAAUGGAAGAUUCACUCCAUUUCAAUCUCGAAUCCAGCAGCGUUCCGAUGAUAAAUGUUCACCUAUCCAUCGUGGCGUUCUCUCGUUUUCCGUGCGCCUCGCCUAUGAUUAAGUGGAAGGCCCAGAUCUUGCGAGAGAGCAGCACAUAAAAAAUAACGGGUGAAAGGGGACACUGGGCGGAAUCGCAAAUUAUAGGUGCCGUGCGAAGUCACGCGAACUGAUUCCGGCUUAAUUGCAGAUGAUCAACCGUUCGAUAGACAACAACAAAUGUCGGUGUGAUGUCGGGAGUACGAUGAUGGAUAGGAAUCCGUAUCCGGUGAGGGAGAGAGCGGGAAUGCAGGAAGAAUGAGAUCUGUUACAGGAUACGACACCAUAUGACUACAAUCGGGUGAUGUUACCUAGGAUAGAUGGAGACGAGAAUUCACACUACAUCAACGCGAGUUAUGUGAAUGUAAGUGACUGUUCGAAUAUUCCCUUGAAGAGGAGUUUCCUCCCUUCUGACGUCAUCCUCUCAGUACAAAGAUCAGCCAAUUCGAGUUUAAAACUUCGCCACAUCAUGUCGAGAAGUAGGGUGGGGUGGUUCAGUCGGUCUGCACUAUAUGAAACUCAUAAAUCGCGGCGUUAGCUGUAAACUCAUCCUGGCUGGCCUGCUUUUCACCUCGUCCCGAACCCCGCUUAAUCGCGUGUUCUUUCCUGUGGCAUAUCUUUGGAAACGAGCGCCUAAAAGACACCUGACACACAUGCAAUCGAGCAGCACACCCGCCCCGACCGAUUAUUCGAUCGCAUGUGUUUUCCGGCGGUUUGGAGGUCAUUUAUCAAAUGAGGCCGAGAUAUUUCACACGUGGCGCCCACACAAAACUACACAAUAGCACAAAAUGUUCAAUUACAGAGCUGGCUCCGCGACAAGGCUUACGUCGUCACGCAGGCGGUGCGGACGAAGCCGAUGAAUGCGGAAUUCUGGAGAAUGGUUUGGGAGUUAGGAUCUAAUUGUAUUGUUAUGCUGACCAAAGUGUUCGAUUUCAUGAGGGUCCGUUCCCAACGACAACUGGAUGAUUCCUCAAAUAUAACGUUUUCAGGUAAUGUGUCUACAGUAUUGGCCACUCACUAAAUACACGUUCCGAGAGAUUGAAGUGGAAACGACGGAAGUGAAGACUUAUUCUCAUUUCGUGAGUGAAUUCAACGCAGUGUAUCCUUUUCAUUGUCAUUUUGUAGGUGAUCAGAACAUUCAAACUGACACGAACAACAUCAGAAUCCAUCGAAACGAGGAUAGUGAAACACUUCCAUUUCACAGAAUGGGAGCUCGAUUCAUUCCCGUACAUUUCCGCAUUCAUCGAGCUGAGACGGAGAGUGCGGCAGUUUAUGGAGAAGAAUCCAGUGGAAGCCCCGAUGAUCGUGCAUUGCAGGUCAGUUUUAUUACAGUACCCGUAA